GUACCCUGCUACCUUCUAGUAUCACUCCUGUUACUUUUAGUGGCCAAUGACCUACGUAGGAGAACCGCACUUCAUGUAAAUCAAGCGUAGCUGUAACAACAUGGCCGCAUUUUUUGGACGGCAAGCGACAAAGCUCACUAAUGCCUAUACUAGGACAGUGAACUAUAGUUCAAAGAAAUGGCCAAUUAUCAAGAAGUACGCAGCUGUCGAGUUGAUGCCCCCAACACCUGCUGAUAUACCAAGGGCCAUCUCAGAAGCUGCAUCUCUAGUAUCAAAAGCACAGAACGGAGCAUGGAAAAAUCUUACAAUUUCUCAAGCGACAGUGAACACUUUUGUUGCGAUUGAAGUAGCAAUGUGGUUUUUCGCUGGAGAGUGCAUCGGAAAGAGAUCCUGGGUUGGUUAUCCAGUACCAGCUGAUGGCUCUGUCUUUACAUAUGUCAGCUUCACGUAUGAUUAAUCAAGGACUGCUUUAGUUACUAUUGAGACCAUUUAUUUAUAACAUUUCGUGAACUGUUGUUUUUGGAUUUAAAAAAAAGCGGCAAAAAUGAAAAGAUGCUAAAUUUAGUAGUGCUGUUACCAGAGACAAGUACUUUGAUGUUAAAACAGUUUUAAUAAUUAUAUACAAGUGUUUCAUUGGUUCACAUAAACAUUUGGUUAUAAUUUUGAGUAUGAGUGAAUAAAUUUAUAAACUAUA